GCGGUGCACCGCAACCGGAAGAUGUUGGUAUAUUUGUGUCCUAGCUAAACGGAAUGAAUGGACGCUGUGAUGCACUGAGGUGCUUCUGCUUCCAUCUGUCCAACAUGACAUGAACUCCUCAGCUCAUGAUUCAAGCCGCUCGUUCUCGUCUUCCACGAAUUCCCGCCGCUGCUGAUCACCAUGGCAACAAGGAUGAAGCUGAAGCUGAAGACGGUGUUCGUGCUCUACUUCAUGGUCUCCCUCCUGGGCCUCGUCUAUGCACUGAUGCAGCUGGGUCAACGCUGCGACUGCACGGAGCAUGACCUGCCCAAAGACCGUACCAUAUCUCGGCUGCGGGGGGAGCUGCACCGUCUUCAGGAGCAGAUGAGGAAGUCGGAGGCGACCAAACAGCCCCAGAAACAGGCAGUCAAGCCCUCUCUGCCCACCAUCUUUGUAAUCACCCCAACAUACGCAAGGCUGGUACAGAAAGCUGAGCUUACUCGUUUGUCCCAGACGUUCCUCCACGUUCCUCAGCUCCACUGGAUUGUGGUGGAAGACUCGCCUCAUAAGACGCCGCUGGUGACAGACCUCCUCGUGAAGAGCGGCCUGACCUUCACACACUUACACAUGCCCACUGCCAAGGACCGCAAACUCCAGGAGGGCGACCCCAGCUGGCUGAAGCCCCGUGGAGUCGAGCAGAGGAAUGAGGGUCUACGGUGGCUCAGAGAGGACAGAAGGGCUCAGCCAGGCGGAGAUAACCAGCAGGGAGUGGUUUACUUCGCUGAUGACGAUAACACAUACAGCCUACCGAUAUUUGAAGAGAUGAGGAGUACCCAGCGAGUGUCUGUGUGGCCUGUGGGGCUGGUUGGAGGGAUGAAAUAUGAGAGGCCAGUGGUUGAAGGAGGAAAAGUGGUUCGCUUCCACACCGGCUGGCGUCCCAGUCGCCCCUUCCCCAUGGACAUGGCUGGAUUUGCUGUGUCCCUCAAACUGGUCCUGGCCAAUCCAGAGGCUUGUUUCGAUGGAGAGGCACCAAUGGGUUUCCUCGAAAGCAGCUUUCUUCAGGGAUUGGUUACCAUGGAUGAGCUGGAGCCCAAAGCGGACAACUGCUCGAAGGUGCUGGUGUGGCACACGCGGACAGAGAAACCGAAGAUGAAGAGAGAGGAGGCUCUGCAGGCUCAGGGAUUGGGUUCAGACCCUGCUGUGGAGGUCUGAGGAACACACACACACACACACACACACACACACACACACACACACACACASACACACACACACACACACACAUUGUUAAUUCCUUCUGCUGUUCAAUGCUGAAUAUGCAAACCUGCCUUGUAAAUACUGUAAAAAUUUAAAAAUAUCUGUUAGAGGCGAUAUUUAAAUGAAGCUGGUUAUAACUGCUUGUGUGUUUGUUUGUUCUGUCGGGUAGUCAAUGUGCGUGUGUGUGUAUAUAUUGAAUGAUUGUGUGUGUGUUGUUGUAACUGUAUAUUAGUGUACAUAUCAGGGUUUUCGUUUGUUUUAGUUAGUUAGACAUCUUUCUUCAGCAGUACAGAGAACGAGUUCAGACAUUUGCCUGAUUGGGGGCGCCAGUUUUCCAAUUUUGCUCCACUGGUACAUUUCGAGGAAUCUUAUUAAAGAUUUGUAAGAUUUGUCGGUUUAACUAAUUUCUGGCAGCAGUUAGAUAUUUUUCCAGCUGAGUCACAUCAUGUCUUGUUCCACCUCGUGUCUUUGUUCCCUCUGUUGAUUGUAUCUGUACUCAACUUUUAUCAGUUCUAACAUCUUGACUGAUUCUCUGACGGAGACGCAGUUGACAUGGAGCAUUUCUUCAUGCAUGGCCUCUAUUGUUGUGUAAUAAGUAUCCGUAAGUAUGUACUCAGCCAUUAUAGGUGCGUUUUUAGUCACAAGACAAAAAAAAAUCACAUCACCAUCAGAGGCAUGAGCAUAUUCUUUCUACAUAUUACUGUGGGGCAAAGCUUGUUUUUCAGCGUAAACAAGAUUCCUGACAAACAGUCACACAAAAACAAAACAGUGAACAAAUGCUAGUGACUAGUUGCUGCCUUGUUUUUAUUAUGUGCUCAUACAUCUGUGUCACAAACACAACUUUGCGACACUAUACCACAACACAAACAAAACAAAUACAGAGAUGCAAAGGCUCCACACCCACAAUCAUAACACAACAGCUUCUUCUCACAAGUAUUUAUAUGUGAAUGCUUCUCGUGAUGCUUUUUUGGAAACAUAGUUGGUGGAAUCCAUCCAGAAAUCACCACUGACACACAUUUAAGUCAUUAUGCAGUAACACUAAACAAAACAUGGCGUCCAUAUUACACUUUCUCAAAUAGGAAGAAAAAAUCCCUGUUCGAUUUCACUUUCAGUGUUUUGAAAAAAAGCUUUUAUGUAUAAAUCAAACUACUCUGUGCACUUUAUUAUCUUUUCUUCAGAAAUCAAACAGUGAAGUAACAAAACGGUUCUCCUCACCUACUGUUGUAUUAUACUGUAAAAACAGCUAGUGUCUGCUUCUGUAUAAUUAGUGCCUGUAAGUCAGUUCUCUACUGGUGUAUGAUGUAUUUAUUACUGUAAUAUUCUCUACUUCGUAUAACGUGAUCAUGUCUGUCCCUGCUCUGCAAAAUAAACCGAGUUAAUGGAAAA